UGACAGCUCACAAGUGGAUUUGCAGAGAAAUGAGCCGACAUGGGAACCUUUUAUGGACUUUAAUGGACUCCUAAAAGUUUUUGGAACGUUCGCUCAACUUUGCAAACUAUUAGGUUUUUUUUCGUCCAUAUAAAACACUUAUUUCCGGCGUUGCUAUGAUCGUAUCCAGGAAACGUUUAUUCGAAUGCCGGGCCAGGACAUGUCACUGAUUAACUUUCCUAGUAUAAAGUUUAUUGACGUGCUCUUGGUCAAAACAAUCAGCGGGAUAUACAUAGGGAAAAAAAAUAAUAAAACGUGGGACUGUAAAGAUAGAGUUGCAAGAUGACAGAGCGAACCCCUCUCCUCCACUACCGACUCUCCACCAGCGUCAAUGAAUCCGAGCUACGGGCACCUCCGACCGGCCAGAUGCCGGAGGAGCGCCCAGCCACCCUCCGGCACCGGUUCUCCCAGAGUCAACCAAAGAAGCUGCCCACUUUCUCCGGUGUGGUCAUUCCAACCUUGCUGUCAAUGUUCAGUGUGGUUGUUUUUCUGAGAAUUGGUUUCUUGGUUGGCCAGUCGGGACUGUACCAAGGAAUUGCCAUGUUUAUCGUGGCCUACUUCAUAAUCUGCAUGACUGUGCUGUCAGUAUGUGCCAUCUCCACCAAUGGAGCGCUAGACGCUGGGGGGGCUUAUUACAUGAUCAGCCGAGCGCUGGGCCCAGAAUUUGGCGGGAGUAUCGGAAUUAUGUUCUUCUUGGCUAAUGUGUGUGCUUGUGCUCUUUAUGUGCUGGGUUUGGUUGAAGCCAUUGUUUCCACCUUUGGCGUGCCAGAAGAUGGCACACUAGCUGCAUCUUCCUACCAAGUUCUGCCAUCAAGCUACUGGUGGUCUCUACUUUACGCCACAGCCAUCGCCCUGCUAUGUUUGCUUGUGUGCAUGGUCGGUGCUCACAUUUAUGCCAAGGCCACCUUUGUAAUCUUCCUAGUGGUCAUGUUUGUCCUGGGCACCAUCUUCAUCAGCUUUUUUGCUGUGCACCCACGCACCAUCAUUCUGCCUAGUUCUGCUGACUCCAACCCUAUUGUAAAUGGAACAGGCCCCACCGCAGCAAACUUUACCGGCUUCAAAUUAGACACCCUUCUUGGGAACCUGUGGGCUGACUACACUGUGGAUUACACAACCGGGAAUCUGAUGACCUUUGCCACUGUUUUUGCGGUGAUGUUUAAUGGGUGCACUGGCAUCAUGGCGGGCUCUAAUAUGUCAGGUGAUCUCAAGAAUCCAAGCUACUCCAUUCCACGUGGUACUAUCACUGCUGUCAUCUUCACCUUCAUAAUCUACAACCUGCUCAGCGUUCUUGUGGCCUGUUCCUGUGACCGGGUGCUGCUUCAAAAAGAUUACAGUUUUCUGAGAGAUAUUAAUGUGUGGAAUCCCUUUGUCACCAUUGGAGUUUACUCCUCCACGCUUUCAGCAGCAAUGAGCAACCUCAUUGGAGCCUCACGCAUCCUCUAUGCAUUAGCCAAAGAUGACUUGUUUGGUAAAGUGUUGUCUCCUGCGAAAAAGACAUCGAACAGUGGCAACCCCUGGGUCUCUGUCCUUAUUUCCUGGUUCCUUGUACAAUUGGUGCUGUUUUCUGGAAAGCUCAACACCAUCGCCAGUAUUGUGACCAUUUUCUUUCUGCUGGUUUAUGCCGCUGUGGACUUGGCAUGCCUCGCUCUGGAAUGGGCAUCUGCACCCAAUUUCAGGCCCACGUUUCGUUACUUCACCUGGCAUACGUGUGUGUUGGGCAUUGUAGGCUGCGCCGUCAUGAUGUUUCUCAUCAAUUCCAUCUAUGCCUCAGCCAGCAUCGCCUUCAUGCUGCUGCUGCUUCUGCUGAUUCACUACCUCAGUCCAACUUCAAGCUGGGGCUACAUCAGCCAGGCUCUCAUUUUCCACCAGGUACGCAAGUAUUUGCUCAUGCUGGAUGUGAGGAAGGAUCACGUCAAGUUCUGGAGGCCGCAGGUUCUGCUGAUGGUCUCCAACCCGCGAAGCAGUGUAGGCCUCAUCACCUUCAUCAACGAUAUUAAAAAGAGUGGACUGUACGUGCUGGGGCAUGUCCAACUUGGCGAACUCAACACAUUACCCUCUGACCCUCUACAAUCUCAGUAUGCCUCCUGGUUGUCUCUGGUGGAUCAUCUCAACAUCAAGGCCUUUGUCAACCUGACGCUGGCUGAUUCAGUGCGUCAUGGAAUCCAGCACCUUCUGUUCAUUUCUGGACUAGGUGGGAUGCGCCCCAACACCCUUGUCCUGGGUUUUUAUGAUGACAGCCUCCCAAAGGACAAGCUCUCCACAAAUCAUUUGACAGAUCUUUCUUGCCUCUCUCAUGAUCCUGAGCAGCACCCAACUCCGUUCCAUUUUGCUUCCCUUCGGUCCAGUACUCGGGCUGCAAAUGAUGACGUGCACGGUGGCAAGGUUUUGGGGCCCCCGGAGUAUGUAGCAAUCAUUGCAGAUGCCAUGAAAAUGCUGAAGAAUGUGGUUUUGGCACGUUAUUUUAACGGUUUUGACCGAACAGAGGCUUUGUCAGGGGCCUCCUCCUCUCCAGGGAAGGGUUUUGUGUAUGUGGACGUCUGGCCAGUCAACCUUCUGCGUCCGGACAGCACAACCUACGUGGAUACCUGCUCUCUGUUCUUGCUGCAGCUAGCUUGCAUUCUCAAUAUGGUCCGAGCCUGGCGUAAAGCUACACUACGUCUCUUCCUUUGCGUGGAGGAAGGGAGGAGCGUGAGAGGCUUGGAAGAGAAGCUCGGACAACUGCUGAAAGAACUGAGAAUUAAAGCUCAAAUUUGCCCUGUGCCCUGGGACCAGCAAGUGGCGCUACACUGGCAGCGCCAAGGUGACUGGGACAAGAGGCGAUCAUCUCAGUCCUCCAAUACCAUCAAGGAUGAGAAGAAACUGGGAAAAGACGAAGAGGAUGAAGACGAUUCCGUCAACAGCUUGCCAAGCAACACCACGCGGUUGUCUGAUGACUACCUGUCAGCUGUCAAUCAGCUCAUCCUCGACCAGGCCCAGCCACCGCCCGCUGUGCGCUUUCUAUACUUGCCCCGCCCACCAGCUGACACCCGUCGUUACAAUUCUUACUUGCAUCAGCUGGAGCUGCUGACUCGUGACCUGGGCCCCACUUUGCUCAUUCAUGGUGUGACGCCUGUCAUCACCACUGAUAUCUGAGCACUCCCCUAUCUGUCACAUGCAGUAAGGCAGGACUUCAUGCUUCGUGCAGUCCUAUUGGCUGAUCAAGAUGCUGUCUGUAGCUGACAUUUCACUCAACAGCAUACUGGAUGAACAGCCCUUGAGAUCUGACCAAAACAUGAGUACUACAAUAUGGACCAAACCAUAUCUUUAUUUUAACUUCAUGAACUCUUGGAGGGCCCGUUAAAGACUGUGGAAAAGCCGGAUGUGGUCCGCUGGUCAUACUUUGCCCAGGUCUUGGAGAUCUUUACGGCUUACAUCAUUAUAAAGUAACGGUGUUAGCUGGAGGCAAAUGAAGAGAAGCCAGAAGUAACCGCUGCUAUUUUUAUGCA